CUGAUUCUAAUCUGCCAGGUCAAGCAAGAAAAAUUUCACUCCCUCGCUUCCCUCCUCCUCUUCAAAACGCACAAUCCCCCUCGCAAUCUCUCUCGCGCUCUCUGAAAUCCCUCUGUUCCUUCCGUAACAGCCCGAGAAUGUCGAUCCCCGGUUCGCUCCGCCUCCGUUCCUCCGUUUCCGUACUCUGACGCCACGAAUCUUGGGUUUUGGGUCUCGAAAAUUCCGAAUCCCCUGUUUCCGGGUCGCGGCCCGUUUCUUGAAAGAGAGAGCGCUCUCCCCGUUCGUGCUUCCGUGAGGAGGAAGAGCUUCUUGCCCGCGGCGUGGGAGAUUAUGGACGGGGGAGGGCAGUACAACCCUCGGACUGUGGAGGAGGUCUUUAGGGAUUUCAAGGGUCGUCGAGCCGGCAUGAUCAAAGCUCUAACCACUGAUGUCGAGGAAUUCUAUCAGCAGUGCGAUCCGGAGAAGGAGAAUCUGUGCCUGUAUGGAUUCCCUAAUGAACAGUGGGAAGUUAAUUUGCCUGCUGAAGAAGUGCCACCAGAGCUACCUGAGCCUGCACUUGGCAUUAACUUUGCAAGGGAUGGAAUGCAGGAAAAGGACUGGUUAUCUCUGGUUGCUGUGCACAGUGAUGCAUGGUUACUGGCUGUGUCCUUUUAUUUUGGUGCUAGAUUUGGUUUUGACAAGGUUGACAGGAAGAACCUGUUUGCCAUGAUUAAUGAUCUCCCAACAAUAUUUGAAGUCGUAACUGGAACUGUCAAGAAACAGACAAAGGAGAAGACAUCAGUUUCGAAUCACAGUAGCAGCAAGUCCAAGUCUGGCUCAAAAGGGCGAGGAUCAGAUUCAGGCAAAUUUACAAGGACUAUCCAAGCAAAGGAUGAAGAUGAGGUGGUGGACGGAGAAGAUGAAGAAGAGCAUGGGGAUACUUUGUGUGGGGCCUGUGGGGAGAACUAUGCUUCAGACGAGUUCUGGAUCUGUUGCGACAUGUGCGAGAAGUGGUUCCAUGGGAAAUGCGUGAAAAUUACUCCUGCGAGGGCUGAGCACAUCAAGCAGUACAAGUGUCCCUCUUGCAGCAACAAGAGAGUGCGUACUUGAUAUAGCCGGUGUGGUGUCCAUUAGCUCUCUCCCCUCCAUCGUAGUUCUGCUAGGUUGGUCUAUGCUAAUUGUUGUCAGGUCGUCAAGUUUUCAUGUCAUGCCUGUGCGACGCCACAUUGUACCAAACAUUUGGUGUUGGAAACCUUCUCCUCGUGGAUAACAUUUGUGGGUAGCAGGAUUUAAGCCUUUACUUAAUUCUAAAUUAGAAGUUAUUUGUACUUUCAGUUGGAAAACAGUUUGUUCUUCCGUUGCA